AUGAUCCAACCAGUACAGUCCACAAAUCAAACCAUUAUUCCAAGUCCUUUUUUAUUAUCAGCUUAUGGAAUUGAUAAUACAGCUACAGUGAAUGAUAUAUUACAAAGAUGGUCUCUCCCUAAUUUUCAAGUUCAUCAACAUUUGCAAGCUUUUCAAAUAAAAACAACAUCACAUUGGUCUUGGUUUUAUUUACGUGAACAACAACUAUUAUUGUUUUUUCAACACACAACACAUUUGGUAACUAAAUGGCGUAAUCGUUUAUUAUCCACAACAGCUGAAUUAUGUCUUGGUAAUCAAUUUAUAUCAAUCAAUCAUUUACGUGAUAUUAUUGAAAAUGUAGCUUAUACCAAACUUGACCAUGGAUUAACAAAAUCGGAUAUUAACCCUAAAGAUCGUCAAAACUUUAGUUCUUGUUUGAAAUUAACAUCUAAUGAUCUAUUUAAAAUUUAA